GAAGAGCACGAUGUCCUUCUCUACUGUGAAAUACUCAUCUGUCAGCCAUACAAAUUUAAAGAAAGAACAGUCGAAAGAGGCAAAACUUGGGAAGAAAUAUUGAAAUACCUUAAUACCUGUAAGACCGCCAAAUUCCGUGUAAACAAGCGAUCUGUAAGAGAGCGAUUCAAAUUAAUCAAGGAAAAGUUUAAGCGUAAAAUUCCACAGGAGAAAUAUUUGUUGGGGAUUGAAGUGGAACCCACAUUGGAGCUCAAACAAGCCCUAGAAGAGAUUUGCUCUUUGGAAGAAUCUUUCCCGGUUGAAGAGGAAGAAUCCAAGCAAGCCAAAGGAGAAGAAAACAAACAAAAAGUAGAAGAAAUUCGAAGAAAAAGCGAUGGAGAGCUAUGGUCAGACCAAAUCAACAAUUGCCGGGGAUGA